AUGCAAUGGACGAGUCGCGAACUUCUCGUCGGCUUGACCUCCGGCAUCGCUGUGGCCAUCGCGGUCGAACAGCUCCGACGGUACAUAUCAGCACCGUACUAUGAGCGAGCGACAUCCCAAUCCGAGACUAAAGCCGUGUUACAAAGUCAAAAGCAGACCCUCAGACCUGCGAGCAUUGGCAUAGAGUCCACCAUCGGCAACACGCCGCUCAUAGAGAUACAGUCUCUGUCCAAAGCGACAGGCUGUACCCUACUGGCCAAAUGCGAGUUCCUGAACGGCGCGGGCAACAGCCCCAAAGACCGCGUCGCGCUGAGCAUCAUCACCCGGGCAGAGUCAGAAGGUCUCUUGACGCCUCACUCCGGUGACACCAUCUACGAAGGCACCGUCGGCUCGACGGGGAUAUCGCUUGCCGUACUGUGUCGGGCGCGAGGCUACCUGGCACACAUCUGCAUGCCGAGCGACCAGAGCUUCGAGAAGUCGAAUUUACUGCUCAAGCUGGGCGCAGUGGUUGAGCGUGUGACGCCCGCACCGAUCGUCGACCAGGAGCAUUUCGUCAAUCGUGCGAGAAACCUGGCGCGCGAGCAUACAGCUGACGCAAACCGAAGAGGCAGGGGCUACUUUGCGAAUCAAUUUGAGACUGAAGCCAACUGGAAAGCGCACUACGAGGGUACUGGGCCAGAGAUCUAUGCGCAAGCAGAAGGGCGAGUCGAUGCGUUCGUGGCCGGAGCUGGGACGGGCGGCACCUUGUCCGGGGUCGCUAUGUUCCUGAAGGAAAAGCUAGCACAUGUGCAAGUCGUGCUGGCGGAUCCACAGGGCAGUGGGCUGUACAACAAGAUCAAGCACGGGGUCAUGUUCCACAGCCUGGAAAGGGAAGGAACGCGACGACGAGACCAGGUUGAUACUAUGGUCGAGGGCAUUGGUCUGACACGCUCGACGGCCAACUUUGAGCAGGGAAAAGAACUGAUCGACGAUGCAGUCAAGGUCACGGAUGCUCAAGCGAAGAACAUGGCGAGGUGGCUUGUCGAACAAGACGGCAUCUUCAUCGGAAGUAGCAGUGCAGUCAAUUGCGUUGCUGCUCUUCGAACAGCUAAGACACUCGGUGCUGGUCACCGGGUCGUGACCAUUCUGUGCGACUCUGGAGCUCGACACCUGUCCAAGUUUUGGGACCAGAUAGGUGAUAUCGGUGGAGAAGCCCGAACGACCAUCGACGAUAUUCUGAACGGCACAAACCUGACAUGA